AAUAAAUGCACCGGUGACUGCUUAGGCCUCGUUGAAUUCUGCAGGCAAACGCGCAGUCAUAAGGCUCUGCUAUUCAGCGUUGCGAACGUCUGCAGGCAAUGCUGCAUUUUCCUGGCUGAUAACUUUCAUAUAUUUGUUGGUCUUUAUCUUACUGGAUGUCGCCCGAGGCGCCAAGAGCCACGCCAGCGGCUGCUUCAUGUAUUUCUCCAGAUAUGGCGUCCGGCACGCCUCCACUCGACCAACAACAGGUGUUUGCUGGCUCUGAAUUGGAGCUCACUCAAGCUCAAGUCUCGCAAAAUGAGGAGGAGCAAGCGUUAGAGAUUCAUGAGGUCAUUGAACUUCAGGCAUUCAGCGAGCGGAAAGCCUGGAUAGAAAAUAAAAUCAAAUUCUUAGAGGCACUUCCGCCCAUCGAGGUUUUCGUCGGGCUGGAUGCCAUACGAACCUCUGCAGAAGACAUCCCAGGUUUACCCACGCGCGAACAGCUUCAGGAAUGGCUUGCAGAACACGACAGGAUUGAGAAAGAGACAGAAAUUUUUGAUUCUGGGGAGCUCAAGAAACUUAGGGCACUCACUAAAGCGGCUACACAAAGGCACCUUUCGCCAGAAGACACUGACGUUAUCGAACUCACACUUACGACCAUAUACGAACUCGACAAACUCCUCCACCUCCUACGGGACCGCUCCGAAAAUCUUGAUCUUUUGGGUAUUAGGCUUACGUGGGAAGAGCAACGUCGCGCAGCCUGGAGUGACCGCCAGAAGAUACUCGCAGACAUCGAGAAUUUCCUCACUACUCGCGCUAGAUGGACACCCACUAUCUAUGAGUUCAUGGUUAAAUCUGAAGAAAAGCCCUCAAAUCGUCGCGGCUCUGUCGCUUCCAUGGCUUCAGACACGUCUGUUACGUCCAAUGCUGGUUUCUCUCGCAGCGCCCGUUUCAAGCUUGCAGAACUCCUGUCACGGGAUUCGGCACAGUUUGCCGGCAGGGUGUCGUCACUUAGGCACGGAAAGGUCGCUGCAGCUGGCAAAGCUCUGGACAAGUUGAUAGACAACAGUCGCAGGGCUGUUCCGGAGGAGCUACUGGACGAGCAGGACAAACUCGAAGACAAAGGCAUCAACGAGAUGGAACACGUCGGCAAAUUUGUCAUGAACAUCGUUACGCAAUGGCGGAAAGCUGAUGAAAUCUACGUCGAGACGAUGAAAGAUGAGAACGCCGCCCAAAACCUUUUGGAAGAAAUCGAAACCUCGAAGCUUUAUCACCCGACUUACCGCCAAAGUGCCGGCUUCCUUUCCCGUACAGAGACCCUUGUGAAAAGGCUUGCUGUGAGGGGUAAUCCUACCGCAAGUGGUGGCACCUUUCCGCGACCACACCACAUUCUCUUUCCCGAUCAACAAUCAGCCAACGAGGCCAUCAGUCAAAUAUUGUCCUCAGAACUUGCUUCCACUUCGGAUCUCGUUGCCAAAGUUGAUUGCCUUGCCAAGGAGUACAGAGUUGGUUAUGAAGCUGUUAAGGAUGUCGAGUCCUUGUCCCGGUCCGCUGAUGAAUUAAUGGCAAUCUUCAAGUCUGCCAUUGAUCGCCUUGAAAAUGGAGUCACUGCUUGUGAUGGUGACGGCACUCCUCCUAGUCUCAUGUCGGAGGAUUGCUUGCAUCCUACGGCACAUUCCGCAUUCCUUACUUUCCUACCAUCAAUCACUCAAGAAGUGGAGCAAUCAUGCGCUCAAGCUGACCAUCUACUGCGAGCCUUUCGAGUGGCACUUCUCAAUGUGGAGCGACCCGGUAUUGACCAAAUAUUCAAGGAAAAUGCUGCUGCUCAGAUUGAGGCUUUAGUUGCUGUUCGUGACAAGGCUGCUGCCAUUUGCGCCGACGUGAACACGAGACUUGGCAGACUCCGUGUAGCCAGGAGAGUUUGGUCGAUCAUGGAUAGUGUUCUAAAUGAACUGGAGGACACACGGAGCGAGGUUUCCCACCUGAUGGAGAGAGAAAGAUGGAAACAGAGCAAUCAAAGUGCAGAACCUCUGACUCCGGAGACGCCACCUCAAGAUGUCCUUCCUACACCCUCAGUGUCGUCUAGUGAUAUAGUGGGUCGUUUAGAUGUCAUUCACCAGACCCUCACAAAUGACGUGAUACAUCCCCUGGCUACCUUAACUGGAAUGCUCGAGAAACCCCUUGACGAAUUCCUCUCUCGUACCUCUGAAGGGUUAUUUGGUCACUUGGGCAAUUUGAAGCAGAUGGUCGUCCUCCUGGAUGCUAUUCGGUCACAAUUUAUAGCUAUGACCUCCUUUCAGGACAGCGUUCACGAGCUCCAGGUUCGGAUUGAGGACCUCAAGAUCCAUUAUGAUGCCACCAUCGAGGAAGUUCUCAAUGACCAACUUUGUGGGGAAAGCUUGGGUAACGCGCAGGAUCGACUAAAGGACGAGUCAGAUGCGCUCCGUAACACUGCCGACGCGUUUACGAACACCGUAGCUCAGCGGAUACCAUUCCUCUCUCAACAUGCCUCCGAUCAAAGAAAUGCACCUACCCUCGUUCGAAAAAGGUUUUCGUCGGCAGGGAACAUAAGACUCAUCUCAUUUGAUGUACCAGCCGCCGUCAAACCUCCCUUUACGCUGCUCAGCCUUGAUGAUACCGUUCGAGGAGACUCCAAUUUGCUAGUCAUGCGUCUCUUAGGGGAUGUACAAAGCCUCGAGCAGAAGACUGGACAUCUUCGGCUGGCAUGUAUGGCCAAAGACGCUGAUUCUGAAUUGACCUCGGUGGCUGAUGACCUGCGUGGUGUCACUGAAGAGCUUAACUCACUAAGAGCACUACUGGACUCUAUCUCUCGAGCAGAUGAGAAACUUACUCCGCUGCAAGAUCUAUCAGAGAAGCUUGACAGACAUUCAUCGCAACAUCGUUCUCGCUUAUCGCGCCGCCUCUCCUUGAUCCGUGAAUCCUUGCGCCAAAUGGAGUCCAUACCUUGUUCGCAUGAUCAGCGUAUCUACGAGACUCUCAUCAUGUCACGAAGAAAGGAGGUGGAUAACCUUGAAGUCAAAUUGAAUGCCUGGGUCGAUAAUGCAGUUACGCUUCGGGACAAGCUGUCGGCUGCGCUCACCACAGAGGCACAACGUGUUGAGGCGGCUAAACUCAAGGAGGAACGAGAGGCGGAAGAGAGAAGGCAUUGGACUGAACUUGAACUCAAACGCAAGGAGGCAGAGGCAACAGCCAAAGAAGAGCAAGAACGCAGAGAGGCGGAGGCGAAGGCCAAAGAAGAGCAAGAACGCAGAGAGGCGAAGGCGAAGGCCAAAGAAGAGCAAGAACGCAGAGAGGCGGAGGCGAAGGCCAAAGAAGAGCGAGAACGCAGAGAGGCAGAGGCAAGAGCAAGAGAAAAGGAAGAAUGCAGAGAGGCAGAGGCGAGAGCAAGAGAAGAGGAAGAACGCAGAGAGGCGGAGGCAAGAGCAAGAGGAGAGGAAGAGCGAAAAAAGGCAGAGAGGCUAAGGAUUGAGAAGGAGCUACAUGAACAACAGGCACAGGAAGAGCGUUUGGAGGCCGAACGACAGCAGGCCGAGAUGGAGCGUCAGGCGCGAGAACGCGAACGUCUUGAAGCUGAGGCUCAAAGAAAGGCGGGCAUUCAGCUACAGGAAACCGAACGUGCCAAGUUCGGGCGAGACCUACAGGGAGGAGAUGAAUCGCAACCAUUUGAAGAUGUAUUUGGGUUGCGUAUUGCUCCUUCUCCGUCACCGACGAAAACCCACCAGAGAAGUGACCUGCUGGAUAAGGUCGUCUCGUUGAGGAAACGUCUUCGUUCUAUUGGCAUCAACGAGGUCGCACGUCCCGCAGCUAACUCGAAUUCUUCCAAUCAUCUACCAACUCUGGAGCAAUACGGGAAGAUGAAUGCUCGCUUUGCGACCAUAGUCUCUGAAUUGUCCGAACUUGCUGCACUGCCUUCUUCGACGACAUCCCCUGCUGCAGAUAUGGAGUUGCGAUCGGUAAAUUCGGAAGUCGAAGCAUCUACCGAGUUGAUGCAGCGAAUUCGACAAUUGGCCGACUUAUCUGACGUCGCUCAUCGUUGCGAUAUGGCUCUCAGUGAUCUGCUUGAGCACAUUGACAGUUACCCUUCUCCUCCUGCUGGACCACUUUCUAGCACGCAUGUCUCAACUUCUCGUUUACCCCCAGAAGAACAACUCGGAGCUCGCCUUGGGUUCACGAAGCGCACUGUUGGUCAAGUAGCGGCAUACAUAGAAUCAGUCAAGGGUGAUGCCCGCGCUAGUUCUGAACAUCGACGCGUUCAGCAGACAUGGGUCGAAUUGGAAGAAAUGGCCAACGAUAGGAUCUGCGGCAAGAAAUCCCGUCCUGCUAGUGUCCUCAGCUCUGGUAGGAAUAGCAGUGCAUCUGGUAUUAGCUCUGGAGCGACUGGUCACACCAGGAAGGCUAGUGGUUAUUCCAAUCUCUCAGUAAGAGGAUCUGCCAAUGGGCGCUUCCUAGCCCCAGCCCAUCCAAGCCCCCGCCGAGUAGCGUCUGGCGAUUUGCAAACCCGACCUCGGCCAUCCAGCAAACUUUCUAUGCUAUCUACCGCUAGCAUCUCAAGAUCAGUAUCAGGGCCGAUGGGAACCCCUUUAUCAUCAUCUUCUCUGCACGGUUCAACUUUUGCAUCUCGUCAGCGUACUACUAGUCUAUCUGGUAAUGCACCUCCCAGCACACCGGCGAAGCAGCCUCCCGUCCCUACCCGUCCCCGGGCGCAGACACGUUCGAGGGCCUCCCCCACACCUUCGGAAGUUUCCGUCGUUGCGCGAUCCACCGUAAGUCACUCAAGGUCGUCUUCAUCCAUGUCCACGUGGGCCCGCGCACCGCGGCAGUCAUUCCCUGCGUCAAACAAAGUCCAGACACCCCCGAAGAAAACGCAGUCACAAACGCGGAAAACCUACGUUGCUAAUCCCAAGAACAAGUUGGACGUCGCGGUUGGAGAUGUCGUCAACAAAUUACCAGUUAACAUCAAUAUCGAGGUAGUCGCCGACACUUGGAAGGAUCAAAGCGGGAAGUAUUGGAUUGGUGAUCAAGAGCCAAAGCUGUGCUUUUGUCGCAUAUUGCGCUCGCAGACCGUUAUGGUGCGUGUUGGUGGUGGUUGGCAAGAAUUAUCAAAGUUUAUCAAGGAUCACUUCGCAGAUAUUUUUCGUAUUAUACCUCCAGAGUCUCCUCCUAAAUUCGGCUCUCCCCGCUUUGGAUCUCGAGAAGAAAAGUGGAUUAGUUCCGCGACUUUGCUCGAAGCGCCUGAAAUUGUAACUACUCCUCCCCCUCUCACCCCCGAACCUAGAGGUCCUUUCCUUCCUUCCUUCACCAUCUCGACUCCAGGAGCACAUAGUCCACAUUCAGUGAAGUCCACGCCAUCAUCAGGUUCUCCCUUAGCUCCGCUUCAGUUUCUGAGGCGAGCGAAUCCUGAUGCAAUGCGCCCAGUAACGCCAUCGAAACCACAUCGACCUCGAACAAGCAUUCCUAAUACCCCAGCUCGGCAUAAUCUAUGGAGGCCAUGAUAACCUACAAUUUCUUCUACUCGCAUAUUAUUGGACCGACUCUACUCCCGAUACCUCCCUCGUGUGCUCUUAAUUAGACAAUGUUUCAUGUGGAUCCAACACAAUUGCUGACACUACCAGUCGCUUCAUUUUUCUUGCUAUGUACUCGUUUUAUUGUUAAGGCAUAUCGCUGCUCUGGGUUACGUACGUAUAGCAUGAUUGCUACCGGACUCCGAUGAACUACAGUAGUUUCCUUUUAUGAACAAUUUUAAAUCAAAAGCAGCACAACCCCUU